AUGGAUAUUGUUAACAACGCAACAGACCAAACUAUUACUAUGAACGAUGAUAUUCCUUUUGUUCCAACAAAAGUAAACCCAGAAUCUAAGUAUUUUCCUUUAUGUAUAUGUUGGUCAACAAUUCCUAUUUUAUCAUGGUUAGUUCCUUGUUUGGGACAUACAGCUAUUUCAGACCCUAAUGGAUGGAUUUAUGAUUUCCAAGGAUCAUAUUCUAUUGGAAGAAGAAGACAAACUACUUGCUUUGGUUCAAUAAAGAAAUAUGUUGAACUAAAUAUAAAUGUUAGUAAUGAUGAAUAUAUAAAUGCUAUUGAAGAAGUUAAUAUAAAAUAUAGUAAAUUAACACAUAAUUUAGUUACUCAAAAUUGUCAUGAACAUGUUGCUGAUGUAUUAAAUAAAAUAGCUUACAAAAAUAAAACAACUUGGGGAACAUUGUCUAUUCUUUGGUUAUUAUUUAAGGAUGCUAAGUACGUGAGUAAUAAAGCUAUUCUUUUUACUUACUUACCAUUUUUAUUUAUCUUAUUUACUUUUAUCCUAUUUACUACUUUCUUUAUUGUAGUACUUUAUUAA